UUUACAUAAUUUCUACGCCGAUUACGUGCGAUUUUCUACGUUGUUUGUCAUUGUUUGUAUUCUGUUUGUCAAACGUAUACAAUUACAAUACACGCUGUAUUUUCGCAUCUUUAUUGUUGAAUUGUAAUUGAUUCAUACAAGAAAAGAGAAAGUAGAAUACGUGAUUCACAUUAAAUCGUAGAUGAAUCGUUUAACUAACAAUACUGUGCCACUAUUUUGAUGCUUUCGUCGAAAUUUAAAUACACCUCAUGGAGAUAUGCCUCCUUGUUUAAGAAGAAAACAAACCUCAUCAGUUGCAAAUUCACAACAGUCACAAUCAAGGAGUAGUGCAUCACAUUUAAGAGAUACAAAAUCUGUUACCAACAAAGAUUCAAAGGAAAAUGCCUCUUCUAAAGUACGAAAUACCCGAUCAGCAAUUUUGUCAAGAAAUACAAUGGCUGAGAAGGAGGUUGGUAUUUCAACGGAAGCAGUAAAACCUGUUACUAAAAAAGAAGAUCAAACUAUUGUAAAACGUAAAAACUUAAGAAAAGGUACUGGCCAGGAAGUACCUGCAAAAAUAAAAAAUGUUGCACCACGUAAUGUUUCGAAUACACGUAAGAAUCAAACAAAAAGUAUUACGAAAAAGAUUAGCAAAAAGGUAAAUAAAAAUGAUUCUAUUUUGCGGCAAGUAUCGUUGAAAGAAUCGUUUUUAAAUCAGUCAAAAAUAAAACGGUUACGUCCUCGUCGAAAUAUUAAGAAUUACCAGGAUGAUGAUUCAUUAGUAAACAAACAUCUGUCGCCCAAAAAACGCUCUAGUAUUGUGUUACUAAAGGAAUUAAAAACAAUGCCAAUUUAUAAAUAUGUCUCACCUGAAACUUCUGUCAAAAAUGCAAGUGAAAUUUAUGAAUUCAAAUUUGAUAGUAAUGAUUCUAAAGAAAGGUUACCAAAGAAAAGGAAGAAAAAGCGUACUGUUGCUAAGAAAACGGUUACGCGUAAAAAGAAAAAUAUUCCUGAAACACGCAAUACACAAAAAGGUGAAGUUAAAGAAAAAUUAACAAAUGUGGAAUCCGAAGUAAUUCACGAGAAAGAUGAACCUUUAAAAGAACAAAUUUGUGUAAAACCUUUGAUUAAAAAUCCAGUCAAAGAUGAUUCUGAUAAAUGUGUAAAAAAUAAUGUAGCAUUGAAUAAAGAACUAACAAAUACCAAUGCAGAAAAAACUACAAGUAAUGAAAUUAUGAGGCCAACAAUUAAAUCAAUAGAAUGUUUGCCUAAUAGAAAUAUUACGUUAAUGGAUAAUUCACAAAUAUCAAAGUCAGAUGAGUUUAAGCCAUUUAGACCAACAAAUAUUUUUAACAAUAAAUUCCUGGUACAACAUAAAAAUAUGUUAAAUAAUUCGCUAUUCGAUAAAUCUUUAUCGCCGAUUAUAAAAUCAUCCGAAAAUUUCGAUCUAAAUAGCCCCUGGAGAGCACCCCCUUCGUUAUUUACAUUUUCUCAAGUGAAAAAUGUAUUUCAAAGUACACCACAAAACAAUAAAUAUGAAAUUUAUGGGAAUAGAUUAUCACGUGCAAUAAAUAACGAAUCUAAAAGUUGUGAAAAUAUUACAACAGCAAAAGAUAGUUUACUCAAAAAUGACGAAAAUGUAAGCAUGGAAGGAUAUGUAAAUACUAACAAUAUCAAAAGAAAACAUCCUUUGAUUUCAAGAAAAUUUGGUACAGAAAUCACAAAUGUAGAUCACUCUGUACAAUCUCCUUUGGGAGACGAAAUAAACGAACGAGUAAUAAGUGACGUUGAAAAUAUACAACCAAGUGUUCCAUCAAUCAAUGUGAUUAAUACGAGUAAUACUUUCAAGUCCAAUGAUACUGAAGAUAAAGAAAAUUCGGUGUUAAAUUAUCAAAGCCCCAAAAAAGUUCUUAAGAAGACAAGGAAGAAGAAGACUAUAAGUCCUCAAAAAAUUCGGAGCGCGGAAAACUAUGAACAAAAAGAAAAUUUAGAUCCUCAACCUGGGCCAUCAGGCUUGCAAAAAAAUGUACCUUUUAGCGAACAAAGGAUAUUAAAACAGUCAAAUUUAAAUAACUUUUUAAACGUAAUGGAAAAACCACAACAAAUUGCAAUUGAAACACCUCACGGAAUUUUUAACGAUGCACCUUCGACGCCAAUUAGUAGGAAAUCGAUAAGGAAACAUAAUAAACUUAAUAUGGAUUUAAAAAAUGCAUUUGGUUUUAACGACGAUAAUUUUAAUCAAGACAUAUCUUUCACUGAACAUGACAACGAAAAUGCGAAAGAUAUAGAAAAACGCGACGUAAAACCAUUCCAAAAAAAAACGAUUAAAGACAUACAAAAUCAUUUUUUACCGAAACAAUCAAGGAAAAUUGUGAGAAAUAAAGAAAAUGUAGAGAAUAAAGAAACAGAAUUAAGAAAAUCACCUGCAAAAGUGAAACAAAAUCACAUUCCAAUAGAUACUACUAACUUCUCGGAUACAUUCGAUGUUUUGUCUGAGUUAGAUGAAACUUCAACACAGAAUAAAUCUGAUGUUCCACUGUUUAUGGAUUUGGAGCCAUCUCAUUUUACACAGCCUCCAAAACAUUCGUAUAAACGGAAACGUAACGUGAAAUUCAGUUUUUCGGAUGAAAGUGACGAAGGAGAAGACGAAAAUUUGGAGAAACAUGAAGUAAAACGAAAAAGAGCUAAUAAUAUGAAAGAAAAGGAUAAUAAAAAUGUAAUCAAAUGGAUCGAGGACAUUAACAGAACAUUUGCAGAAGUAGAUGAGCAUGAGCUUGUAGUCGAAUGAAUUUUCAACUAUAACUUUUUCAAGAUAUAUUGCAAAUAAUAUUUCUACCGAUAGUGUAAGUUUAUAUUCUUUUAUUAUAUUUUAUAGUAGUAAUCUUUAAUAUUUUUAGUUAUAUAUCAGCACUUCAUUUAGAUACGUGUACAUAUAUUUUUUUUUUUUUUUUUGUCAAUAUAUAAAUUUAUAAACAAAUUAGCUUUAUAUUCUUUGACUAUGUCCAAAAGCAUUUAAAGUUUUACUCGCAUAAUUUAUUAUAGAUGUAAAGUGAUAACUUAAUGAUAUUUGUUAUAAGUAACUUUUACAUAACUAUUUUUGUAUAAUUAUUAGAUUCCUACAAAAAAAAGGAAAUAAAAUACGUAUAUAUAAAUAAGAAAUUAAUACAAAAUAAAACUUUAUCAAUUAUGGA